AUGGGGGCAUGCAUGAUCGUUGAGGUCAACACCUGGUUCCUCAUCGCCAGGCGAGCGUUGAACAAGCGUGGAGACCGGAUGUUUGCAGGCGGAGUCUCUCGCUGGAAGUCCAUUCGGACUUUGGCCAUCUCGAGCUGCUUCUAUAUCACUUGGUUUGUGAUUCGUCUCGUGAUCUAUCCCUACUUGCUGGUGGUCAUCCUGCGUGAGUGGAUGAAGGAGUCAGAGCGAGUCGGCACCCCGCUGAACAUCAUCGCAGUGACGCCGCUGAUGCAGUUGGUCUUCAUCUUCAUGAACAUGAAGUGGACGGUGGACCUCAUCCGAUCAAAGCUGAAGGGGCGAGGUACCUCGAAGGGCCUCUAA